AUGGCUUCUCUCAUCACCCUAGCGGCGCUCGUCGCUAGCAUAGGGCAAACCUAUGCCCAGUCGGCCUUGACUGUCAAUGCUGCAUCUACGUUGCAACAAAUAGAUGGCUUUGGUGUUUCCCAGGCAUUCGGUCGUGCAGCUGAGUUUAGGGACAUGUUAUCUGGGGAUCCUCAGAAGCAGGGUCUCGACUACUUGUUCAAUACAACCACUGGUGCUGGUUUUACAAUCAUCCGCAACCGUAUUGGCUCGGGUACGACCAAUAGCGACAGUAUCCUCCCCAAAAGCCCAGGCGGCCCAAGCGCGGCUGCAAACUAUAGCUUCGACGAUGAUGACCGAGGUCAACUCUGGUUCAGCCAGCAAGCUAUGAAAUAUGGAGUUAAAACCAUUUAUGCAGAUGCAUGGAGUGCGCCAGGGUUCAUGAAGACUAAUAACAAUGAAAACAACGGCGGUUACCUUUGCGGUACGCCAGGCCACUCAUGCUCGUCAGGGGACUGGCGUCAACCCUAUGCCGACUUCUUGGUCCAGUACGUGAAGUACUACAGCGAGCGCGGUAUUCCCGUUACGCAGCUUGGCUUUUUGAACGAGCCCGACUAUGUAACGAGUUACUCGUCAAUGCAAUCCGGUGCUAACGAAGCUGCAUCAUUUAUCCCCAUAUUACACGAUACACUCGAGGCUAAUGGCCUCAGCAACGUGUCUAUAACUUGUUGCGACGCGAUGGGCUGGAACUCUCAGCGAACUAUCACGCAAGGUCUUGUCUCAGCAGGCAUGGAGAAAUAUCUUGGAUAUAUUACCAGCCACAUGUACACGGGUGACCCGAACUCGGUUAUUUCUACCAAGCUAAAGACAUGGCAAACCGAGGCAGCUGACCUCCAAUCUCGCUGGUGUGCAACAUGGUAUAGUGGCGGUGGCCAAUGUGAAGGCUUUACUUGGGCGCAAAAGAUUCAUAAUGGUCUUGCGAACGCUAACCUCUCUGCUUACAUCUACUGGCAAGGUGUGGAAGUGAAUCAGUUCCAAGCGUCUUCCUACCUUGUUGCGAGCGACGGGAAAACACUCACACCCUCCGGUCGUCUCUGGGCCUUCGCGAUGUGGUCGCGGUUCGUACGCCCCGGUGCAUUCCGCAUUAGCACGUCCGGCAGUGUUUCUAGCACCGGUAUCACGGCAUUUAAGAACACGGAUGGUUCAGUGGUUGUGGUUUUCCUCAACUCCGGCGGCUCGCAGCAGAGUGUCAAGGUUUCGUUCAAAGAUUUUACCCCCGCAGCUGCUGAAGCUUUCGUCACGGAUAACACCCGAUCUGUGGCCUCGGUCGAGUCGAAACUUGUUGACGGUGCGGUUACGGUUUCUGUCCCAUCACGAGGAAUGCUUACGGUCAAACUGACUGCUGCAUCGUGA